AUGGACCCCAACAGACAGCCAUAUUUCCCACCACCGCCAGGUCAGCCUGGAAUUCCGCCGCCGUUUCCACCACGGCCAACGGACACGGCAACAGUCGGGCCUUAUCCUGUCUAUUCGCAUGGGCCAUUCCAACCUGCUCACACUGCACAGAGUUCUCAAUCUGUCGGAAACCGUUCUCAACACAUGUACCAGCCCGCAUAUGGAGCUCAUCCAUACCAUCAGGGUCCUUCAAAUAGUCAAAACUAUUCUUCAGGUCUUACGAAUCGUCCUGGACCAACUUCUCACAACUUACAUUCAAAUAUCUCACUUCCCUUGAACCAGCCAUACUCACCCCCGGCGACGUAUGCGCACCCCAGCCAAGGGCCAGCCGCAGCCCAGAGUCCUAGUCUAUCGAGUGCCUUGCAACAGGCUACCUCGUUGUUUUCAGACAGCCAAAAGGUUGUCCAAUCUUGUCAGGACUUCAAAAGUAAAGCCAAGGCCAAAUUCACUCAAUACCUCUCGCAGACUGUAACGUUGUCACAGUCCAGUUACUCUCCCCAGGCCCAAUACGCCCAAAACUACAACCAUGAGUUUACUACUUUGCCUCUUUCAACUACACCCGUUCAUACCCCGGGUGUUCAGUAUCACCAUUCUCAACCACCACAAUACCAACGGGAGGAUAAGAAAGAAGCUCCGGCAACCCAACCGGUACAAUCUACUUCUUAUUACCCCACUCCACCCCAGGAACAGGCUAGCCCAAACAUUUCAUCUCCUCGCCCAGAUGCAGUAACGCAACAACAAGAUCAGCACGGCCAGCAGGCUCAACAAGACCCAGCUGCUCACGACCACGUCACUAAAGCACAGUAUGUCCUGGAAGACAAUCCAUUCGUCGCACUAUCAUCCCACGCCACGCCUCAUAGGGACGAGAGCUCCGAGACCGCCGGUUUGCAGCAAUGUGCAUCUGCAGUUUCACCAGCAACUUGCAUACCGUUGGUGACAUCGCAGAAGCAACCAGCUGGUAGUCAACUACAUGUUUAUCAUGGCCAGGAAGCGGCGCCUCGACCAUUACAAGUUGCACAAGAACCUGAAAGACGUACAGCCCUUGAGAGUCACUCUUCAUCUUCCGUGAAGGAAAUCGGUAUCAACGACUCCCCAACGGCUCAACUUUCGAGUCGCGAUAGUGUAGCCAGUACUCCUCAAUCACAAGUGCCAACCACUGUGAUGGAUGAGAUUUCCACCCAAAUGGGUAAAGUAAGCGUCCAUGAGGCCCCUCCUUUGCAGAGCCUUCAUUUGGGACCUGGGGAUGAAGACUAUCACGAGUACAAACGGGCCAUUCCCAGAGUCACCGAUGAUGGCAAGCCCAAUACCGUCGCUUGGGAAUGCCCAGAAGAACGAGAGGUCGAAUAUGAAACUGACUGGUACCAUCUACCUGAUAUACCAAGUUUCCUGGUGUGUACACACUGCCUUGAGAUGUGUCUUGCACACACCCCCCUGGAAUCAUCUUUCAAACGCACCAGGGAGCCGCGAGGACGUUGCCGGUUCAAUGUGCCCCGCAUUACCAGACUUCUGCUACCCGAGUGUCUCGAGCGUGGAAAUGUCACGCCUCUGCGGGAGUUCAUCACAGCUCGACUCGAUAUUCAGGACUGCAAGGGUCCAUCGGGCGCCGAUGCCUCUGCAGGAAUCAAAUGGUUCAAGCCGCUCGAUGACAGACUCGAAGGUUUCAUAUCAUGUGAGGCUUGCUAUGAAGACGUCGUACUUGCAACCUCGUUUCGACACAACUUUGUUCCCCACGACUCUCCUCAGCCUUCUGAUUACAUCUGGGCCUGCGAUAUCUGCCUUCCCUUUAUCAAUCGUUCGAUCGUCAAAUUUGCCAAAACAGGGGUUGACGCCUGGAAUGACUGGGUGCAGGUGACGGCAAAACACAUCGCCCUUCCUGACUGCGAUAAGGGGCCUGUGUCAUCCUCCUCGAGGCGGUGGAUGCGACUGCGUGGUCAGCGAUUUCCGGACUUCACGAUCUGCGAAAAGUGCUUCGAGCAACAUGUGGCGCUGACCGUAUUGGGCAAGGACUUUGAAUCUAUUCCACACGAGCCGAGUGUCACCGGGUUAGAUUGGAUGGACGUUGCCCUGGGCCAUCGAGCGACGGAGCCUGUCCCCUAUCUAUGCAGCACAAACAGCUUGCCUGUGGCUGUCUCGCUUACAGCGGCCAAAGACUUUCAAGACAUCAAUGUUCUGUACCAAGCUCUGGAGACGAUUCUCUCAAGCCCACCGUGUACCGAGCAGGGCAUUGUCAACGGAACAUGGUACACAUUGGCUGGUGGCGACUACGAGGGUUACGACAUCUGCUCCGCUUGUCAUGCCGCUUUCAUCACGUCGUUCGGCUUGGCUCGGUUCUAUCAAAAGUGUCAGAGCAAAGACGGAGGGGAGGCUUUCCUUUGCAGCUUCGAGCGUUCAGCUCCCCGAUGGUUAGAGCACAUGAACCGGCACGCAGAAGCCGUCGAGACUGGCGUGUGGUCUCGCUACUCGGACUUUGUGCGCAAGUUCGCCGGUGUCCCGCACUGCGCCAAGGAAAACCUGGUCGGGAACCGUCGCUGGUACGGCUGGGACGACUGCACGAUCUGCCCAGAGUGCUACGUCACCUUUUGCGCGGAGAGCUCGCCCGGCCCCGGCUUCACGAUGGAGUUCAACAACGACUUCGUCGCCGAGGAGAGAAUGUGCUGCCUGUACUCCCCGCGCAUGCGACAAAAGUGGAUCGAGGCGUGCCAGGAGGGCAACGCGGACGCGCUCGUCGAGUUUUCCAGGGUGCGGCACGGGGUCUGGGUGCAGACUGUGCUGCAGGUCCGCGCGCUUCGCCAGAUGCAGGACAUGCAGAUGAUGCAGGCCAUGCACGCCGGCUUCAUGAGCGUCACGUACCAGGGAAUCGAGAGUCUCAAGGUGGUGGCUGGCACAACGGAUGGGCACGAGUAUGGGAAUAGUGAACUUGGAUGGCAUGCAACGCAGGAAGGUGUGACGAGCGCUGCGUACCGGAAUGAGAUGCAUGCCGGUAUGAAUCAAUCCAAUAGUGCCGGUACUUGGAUGAUGAUAGGGCAGUUGUUACUGCAAUGGCAAGAGUUUGAGUAA